AUGGCAAGCGAAAUAGAUGUGUCGGAGGAGGCCCAAAAGCGGCUAUGCCGGUUCAGCUACCUCUCGCACAGCAUCGGCACCAUGGAGGAGAGGCUCGCAGUGCUGAAGAAGAAGAUCACGGCACUGAGCGACGCCAGCGAAGAAGUAGAAGUUUCCUUCACGGACGACGAUCUCUGGAUUAAAGUUGGUCAGUCAUGUUAUGUUCAGCAGAGCGCAGACGGCGUCCAGGAGCAUCUUUCUGCAGCUCAGGAGGAAACCCGUGCAGAAUUGCGAAAGCUGGAUAACACGCUUGCCGCCUACAGAAGCGAAAUGCUCGAGCUGAAGGCGAAGCUUUACGCGGAGUUCGGGAACCGCGUCAAUCUAGACAAAUGA